GCGACACUUGGCCUCUCGCUGCCCAGCCCACGGAUUCCUGAGUGGAGAACUCGAGCACCGCCGCGCUCUCCUGCGAGCUCCCGGGCGGGGUGCCUCGGCCUCUCCAGAUCGGCCAUUGAGGGAGCAGGGUCCCAGUGACCUCCUGAGUGAAUGAACUGCAGUGAUUGGAUGCCUCCAAGUAGUUAAGAUAUGGAAAGAGAGGAAACAUUGCUCCUCAGCAAGAAGAAUAAGAAGACAGUGAGAAGACUGACCUUACAUUCCCUUUUUAGGAAAAAAAAAAGUGGGGGAUGCAGUUUUGAAUAUAAUCAAAUGGAAUGGUGAAAUAUUUGGCAAUAAGACCUCUGUAGCCAUGGCUAGUUCUGAGGUGAAACCAAAAUCAAUAAGUCGUGCCAAAAAAUGGUCAGAAGAGAUAGAAAAUCUGUACAGAUUUCAGCAAGCAGGAUAUCGGGAUGAAAUUGAAUAUAAACAAGUGAAACAAGUUGCUAUGGUAGAUCGUUGGCCAGAGACGGGGUACGUGAAGAAACUCCAGAGAAGGGACAAUACUUUCUAUUACUACAACAAACAGAGGGAGUGUGAUGACAAGGAAGUCCACAAAGUAAAAAUUUAUGCUUACUAGCCUUUGUUCUUUGUGUUAUUUGUCAUUACUUAGAACUUCAUUGCUUCAUUCUACAUCAUGUAAAUGUCAUUUUACAAAAUAAUUCAAAACGCAGACUUCAGCUGAAUGCUAUGAAACACAAAAGCCAUGAAACCAUGAAA